AUGUCUCCAUACUGCCUAGUCUUUGGGAAGGCGUGCCAUCUGCCACUAGAAAUGGAGCACCGAGCAUACUGGGCUAUGAAACAGUUGAAUAUGGACUUGAGCGUUGCCGGUGAAAAGCGCCUGCUGCAACUUAAUGAGUUAGAUGAGUUUAGAAUGGAAGCUUAUGAAAAUUCAAAACUUUACAAGGAACGAACAAAGAAAUGGCACGACAUGCAUAUUCAGAGGCGAGAGUUUGAAGUGGGGCAGAAAGUGCUAUUGUAUAACUCAAGACUCAAGCUUUUCCCAGGAAAACUAAGAUCAAGGUGGUCGAGUCCUUAUACUGUCACGAAAGUUCUACCAUGUGGGGCUAUACAAGUGAGCCACGAGACUAAGGGUACCUUCACUGUUAAUGGGCAAAGACUAAAACACUACUGGGGCGGUGAUUUCUCCAACCAAAAGUCCACCAUUCAACUCGAGAUGCCAGAAUGA